AUGAAACAGCCCAUGACAAUGACGUAUGAAAACCCAACCACGACAUCAAACAUUACGGAAGCACAAACAGCGUAAUCCCACAAACAGAGAAAGAGAAAAGGAAUAGAAUCCUAUCGUAAUAUUAUUAUUCUCUGGGUCCAAUAAUACAUGUAAUUGUUAAGUUAUCUAGUUUUGCAGCCUCAGAAAGAAAGAGAAGAGAAAACUUGAAGAACACAAGGCUCUCAACUUCAGCUGCAAGCAGCAUGAACAUGGGGAGAACACUUGCACAGUACAGUGCAGACGCUGAGAUUCUUGCAGAGUUCGAGCAAUCAAACGUGUCCGGUAAAUCAUUUGACUACUCAAAGUCAGUGGUUGACCCACCGAAAUCAGUCUCUGAGGAGAAGAUGACUGCCUACUUGUCAAGAAUCCAAAGGGGCGGACUCAUCCAGCCCUUUGGCUGCAUGCUGGCAGUCGAAGAACCGACUUUCAACAUCAUUGGCUACAGCCAGAAUUCAUUUCACCUCUUGGGUGUCAAGACUCAGUCCGACACCGAAGAGUUAAUGGGUGGUCUUCUUGGAGUUGAUGCCACUACACUCUUCACUCCUGCUUCCGGGGCUUCGCUUGCGAAAGCUGUGGCAUCGAGGGAAAUCUCGCUUCUUAAUCCUGUUUGGGUGUACGCAAGGGCAACGCAGAAGCCGUUCGGCGGAGACAUUGGUCUUCUGUGUGACUCUGUUGUAGGGGAAGUUCAAAAGCUUACCGGAUAUGACAGAGUUAUGGUGUAUAAAUUCCACGAGGACGAUCACGGGGAGGUUGUUUCGGAGAUUAGGAGGUUGGAUUUGGAGUCUUAUUUGGGCCUGCACUACCCUGCCACUGAUAUCCCUCAAGCCUCAAGAUUCUUGUUCAAGCAAAAUCGCGUUCGGAUGAUUUGUGAUUGUAAUGCUAAGCCGGUUAAGGUAACUCAGAACCAAGAGUUGAGUCAACCACUUUGCUUGGUGAACUCAACUCUGAGGGCGCCACAUGGUUGUCACACGCAGUACAUGGCUAACAUGGGCUCCAUUGCUUCUCUGGUUAUGUCAAUUGUGGUAAAUACCAAAGAUUCCAUGAAGCUAUGGGGUUUGCUAGUGUGCCAUCACACUGCGCCGCGCUAUGUGCCUUUUCCGGUUCGCUACGCUUGUGAAUUUCUUAUGCAGGCUUUUGGAGUGCAGCUUUACAUGGAGAUUCAGUUAGCAGCGCAAAUGGCAGAGAAAAGGAUUCUCAAGACACAAACUUUGCUGUGUGACAUGCUCCUUCGCGACGCGCCGUUUGGGAUUGUUACUCAGUCUCCUAAUAUCAAGGAUCUUGUCAAGUGUGAUGGGGCUGCCCUGUAUUAUGAUGGGAACUGUUGGUUGUUAGGCACAACGCCGUCGGAAUCACAGGUAAAAGACAUUGCUGAAUGGUUGCUUAGUACUCACGGUGACUCGACCGGUUUGAGUACAGACAGUUUGGCUGAUGCUGGUUAUCCUGGGGCUGUUUUACUUGGGGAUGCAGUGUGUGGCAUGGCAAUGGCGCGAAUCAGUUCGAGGCAUUUCUUGUUCUGGUUCCGAUCUCACACUGCUAAGGAAGUUAAGUGGGGAGGGGCCAAACACCAUCCUGAGGAUAAGGAUGAUGGAAGGAAAAUGAAUCCAAGAUCAUCAUUCAAAGCAUUUCUUGAAGUUGUUAAGAGCAAAAGUUCGCCUUGGGAGGCUUCCGAAAUCAAUGCUAUUCACUCAUUGCAACUUAUAAUUAGAGAUUCAUUUCACAAUUCAGAGAAUAGUGGUAUUAAGGCUAUGAACUACAUACAGAGAAGUGAUGCUUCAAGUGGUGGGAUUGAUGAGCUAAGUUCAGUAGCAUUUGAAAUGGUGAGGUUAAUUGAGACGGCAACUGUGCCGAUUUUCGGGGUUGACACAGGUGGCCUAAUCAAUGGUUGGAAUGUGAAAAUUGCGGAAUUGACAGGUUUGCUGGCAAAUGAAGCUAUUGGAAAAUCACUAGUGAAUGAAGUAGCGCAUGCAGACUCGCGCAACAAUCUUGAAAAUAUUCAAAGUAAAGCCCUGCAAGGCUUAGAAGACAAGAAUUUUGAGUUGAAAUUGAAACAUUUUGGGAAUCAACAAGAAAAUGGAGUUGUAUAUCUCAUAGUGAAUGCUUGCACAAGUAGAGAUUACACAAAUGCUGUUGUUGGGGUAUGCUUUGUAGGCCAAGAUAUCACUUGUGAGAAAGUUGUUCUGGACAAAUUUGUCAAGUUGGAAGGUGAUUACAAAGCUAUCAUACAGAGUCUCAAUCCGCUUAUUCCGCCGAUAUUUGCUUCUGACGAGAGCGCCUGCUGCUCCGAAUGGAAUGCAGCCAUGGAAAGGAUAACUGGCUGGAAGAGAGACGAAGUCAUAGGAAAACUUCUUCCCGGGGAAAUCUUUGGAAGCUUUGUUAGACUGAAAGGUCAAGAUACACUGACUAACUUCAUGAUCUUGCUUUACCGGGGAAUUAGCGGACAAGAAUUCGAGAAGUUUCCCUUCGGAUUUUUUGAUAGGAACGGAGAGUUUAUAGAGGCUUACAUCACUGCUAACAAGAGGAUCGAUACGAGUGGGAACAUGAUUGGCUGUUUCUGCUUCUUGCAGAUUGUAUCUCGCGAUCCGAAUCAGCCUUCGGAUGGACAAAAUCUUCCUCAAGGGAGGAAGAGUAUAUCUGAGUCUAAGGAGUUUGCUUAUAUAUUACAAGAGAUGAUGAAUCCUUUAAACGGUAUUCGGUUUACGCAUAAGCUUCUGGAGAAAACAGCUGUCUCAGAAAGCCAGAAACAGUUUCUUGACACUAGUGCUGCUUGUGAAAGACAGAUAAUGGCAAUUAUUGAGGAAACAUACAUAGGAAGUAUCAAUGAAGGCAGUGUGCAGCUAAACAUGGAGGAAUUUCUUCUUGGGGGUAUUCUAGAUGCCAUUGUGAGUCAAGUGAUGCUGUUGGUGAGAGGAAAAAGCUUGCAGCUGUUUCAUGAAAUUCCUGAUGAAAUGAAAACUCUUGCUCUGUAUGGUGAUCAAAUAAAGCUUCAAGUGGUCUUAUCUGACAUUCUGCUUAAUGUAGUCAACCAUACACCAUCUCCAAAUGGCUGGGUUGAAAUCAAGAUUUCACCUGGUUUGAAGAUAAUUCAGGACGGCCAUGAGUUUAUCCAUUUGAAGUUCAGAAUGAGCCAUUCCGGUCAAGGUCUUCCUUCUAACACACUUCAGGAUAUGUUUGAAGAAGGGAAUCAAUGGACUACACAAGAAGGUUUAGGGCUAUAUAUGUCAAGAAAAAUGCUUAGUAGGAUGAAUGGUCAUGUUCACUAUGCGAGAGAACAAAAUAAGUGCUACUUCCUCAUUGAUCUUGAACUUAGAACAAGAAAAGAAAGGCAAAGGAAUUUGCAAGCGGAGACAAGCAUGUUGAGUUAACUUUUCUUUUUUCAUAAACUAGAUUUGAUGCUUGAUAGAAAUUGUUUAGUUAGAGAAAAUAUAUAUAUAGAAAGUAUAGGGAGUGAAUAGAAUAUCUGUACUGGCUUUAAAAAUAAUACAGUUCUUUUUUUUUUUCUAAAAUUAAGAAUGAGAUUCGAA